AUGGCCAGUCCGACACGUGCAAAGCUCGCCGCCGCCGCUCAAGCCGAUGCGGCCGCCCAAGUUGACGCCGAAGCCAAGGCCGUCCUUUGGGUGCAGGCGGUGGCCGUCGCAAACAUUAAGACGCUCGUUCCGGGAGAUCUCUCCGCGCCUGACGCAACAUGGUCUCGCCUCGACGCCACGGUUGUCUCGUGGCUGUACAAUUCCGUCUCCUCGGAGAUCCUCGAGAUGGUGAUGAUCAACGACAACCCCAACGCUGCAACCAUCUGGGCAAGCAUCGUUGAUCUGUUUCAAAACAACAAGGAGAGCCGAGCACUUUACCUUGAGGCCGAGUUCAAAAACUUUGUCCAAGGUGAUCUCUCGGUAUCUGAUUAUUGCCACAAGAUGAAGACUUUUGCUGAUGCACUGGCCGACGUCGACCAACCCGUCACCGACAAGAGCCUUGUCCUCAAUACCCUUCGUGGUUUGAAUGACAAGUUCGCUCAUCUUCGUCCCAUCUUCGGCGCCCAACGUCCGUUCCCGUCGUUCCUCGACGUACAGACCACCCUGCUGCUAGAAGAGAUUCACAAGAAUGCCGACGCUUCCUGCCCCCUAGCUCUCCUCUCUAGCACGACUGGGAUCAAGGGCUCCGGCGGCAGCCAUCAGCCCACUUCCACCUCCGGCGGGUCUGAUCCCGGCGCGCGCGGGUCUGGCAACUCGGGCUCCAACUCCUCCGGUGGAUCUUCCUCCGGCUCCUAUGGCAGCAACAAUCAGCGUCAUCGCAACCGUAGCGGGCAUUACAAUGGUGCCCAGCGAUUCAACAACCGGGAUGGCGCCGGUCAGAACAACCGUCGUCCCCAAGCUUCCUGGCCCACGGUGUUCAACCCUUGGACCGGAACACUCCAGCUAUGGUCUGGGCCUCCCCAGGGGCAGGCAGUCCAGGCCAGUCUCCUUGGCUCACGGCCAACAUAG